AUGCUGGCCACCGCCCAAGUAUUUGCCAACACUGCAGCAGCAAUGCUGGAGGAAAGGCAAGUGGCAGGAGCAGUGAUGGAACGUUUUCUCAAGAGAGAGCGUGAAGCUGCAAAAUGCUUGGAAGAAGCUAAGAAACUCCGAGCACAGUGGGAAACCAUGAUGGCAGACGCUGAUAAGGAGGCAGAUAGAAUCCGCCGGGAGGCCAUUGGCCCUCGAAAGAUCAGCUUUGCAACUCCAACAAAUCAUCAGCCACUUGCCACCCCAAAGGAUAAUAUGAAAAAAACUGCGGAGAUCUUGGCCAAGAAAGACGAGGAAAUCGACAUCGCACACCUCCGCACGCUGGUAGUUUCAGCAAUGAAGCAACAAAGCAAGGCAGAUACUUCGCGCCGGUUGGAAUCCAACCCGGAACACUGCGUGUCCACAGCGCAGAAGGACGCCUCCGGAAGGCCUCACCGUGACGAUGAAUGGCGCACCGGAUCCACGGAGCGCAGAAGGAGAACCAGAGAACAUCCUGAUCCGAUCCCGGUGCCAUCGAAAACACCUCCGACUGACCCAAAAAAGGGAAAGGAUCCGAUGUACACUAGAAGAGACAAGUACCGGAACCCAUCACCUCCGCCACGACACCAGGCACCUCCUCCGCCCCCUCGCCAUCGUAGUCCAGUCUGA